UCUUGCUCUGCAAAGAAAACCGAGAACCCUCUUCAAUCCCACUUUCUUUUUCUCGACUCUACCAAGUCUCUUUGUCUCUCUAAACUCUUAGCGCGCCUCCCAAUCUCUGUUAUCGCUUCCCUCGCUAAGCUUUCUUCAUUCUUUUUCCUUGUUUCCUGUUCUCAGUGAAUAUAUACGUUGUUUUUCUCACCCAUCUAAGAAGUUGUAGAGCUUUUGUUCGGGGGUCUAGUGUCUCUGGUCCCUUUGUUUUCCUCGUUUGUUCUGUUAUUGGGGGGACAUUGGUUGCAGAGAGUAAUUGGGAUCAAAGCGAAUUGCUUGGGUUUUUUUUGUUUUGUUGUUUUGGGUAGAUCUGGUUAGGGGUGUGAUUAGAAUCCCGACCCGAAAGCCUGGGAAAUCUCUCGAACUUUGGGUUUAACUUUGUUGUAGAAGAUUGGGGUUACAGAGAGAGGCAUUCUGCAGUUUUUGCUUGAAUAUAGUAGUGAAGGAUCGAAAAGAUGGUGAGUUCUCGAGAAGAUGGCGAACCCAGGCGUUCGAAUGGCCCUGCUCGUGGGGAUCUGUCUGGACAACCCCAAGAACAGUCUGUUGGCUCUCAGAAGCUUACGACGAGUGAUGCACUCGCCUAUCUGAAGGCGGUGAAAGAUCUGUUUCAGGAUCAGAAGGAAAAAUACUAUGAAUUUCUUGAAAUCAUGAAGGAAUUCAAGGCUGCAAGGAUCGACACAGCAGGUGUUAUAGAUCGGGUGAAGGUAUUGUUCAAGGGUCACCGCAACCUCAUUUUAGGUUUUAAUACUUUCUUGCCCAAGGGUUAUGAGAUUACUCUUCCACUCGAGGAGGAACAGGCCACACCUACUUCAGAUGACAAUACAAACCACAUCUAGGGCGGCGUCUUUGGUUAGCGUGAAAUAUUUUUUUUAUUAAUUAAUUUUUUAGGAAAUAGAUUUCUUAGAUUUAGAUUUCACAUGAUUUUUUUUCCUCAUGUUUGGUAAUACUGUACAUUUCCUAUAAAAUUGUUUUCUUUCGUUUGAUAUACUAUUUGGUUGGGAAUCUACUAUCCUGGAAUAUGGAAGUUCAACUA